UUCAGCACCUCUGGCAGCGGCAGUCGAGUGGAGUGACCCGGCUGCACCUGUACAUGGAGACCCCCAGCUGGUCAGGAAACACGUUGUGUAAGUCCGGAGGCGUCGCCGUGUUCGGGAACGUGGUCUACAGCGGCCUGCUGAACGACCCCCUGUGGCAUUUGGGAGUGCCCCUCUUCACGAGACUGGGUAACCAAGAGGCCGCCAACCCCCCGGACGCCAUGGCCCAGCCGUACACCCCGGCCCAGUACCCGCCUCCCCCACAGAACGGCAUCCCCGCGGAGUUCGCGGUGCCGCACCCGCUUCCGUCGCAGGACUACAGCGGGCAGAGCCGGGUGCCCGAGCACGCCAUGACCCUCUACACGCCGGCGCAAACGCACGGCGAGCCGGCCGGCGCCGAUGUCAGCACGCCCGCCAUCACCGCCGCCACGACCGCACCGACGGAGGACGUGACGUCCUCAGAGUCCCAGCUGCAGCUCUCUGAGUCCUCGGAGAAGCAGCAGCCCAAGAGGCUGCACGUGUCCAACAUCCCCUUCCGCUUCAGGGACCCAGACCUGCGGCAGAUGUUUGGGCAAUUUGGGAAGAUCUUAGACGUGGAGAUAAUCUUUAACGAGCGAGGAUCCAAGGGCUUCGGGUUUGUAACUUUUGAAACGAGCACGGAUGCCGAUCGCGCGCGGGAGAAACUAAACGGUACAAUCGUAGAGGGACGCAAAAUAGAGGUAAACAACGCCACGGCACGAGUGAUGACCAACAAGAAGGUGGCCAACCCGUACACCAGCGGCUGGAAGCUGAACCCGGUGGUGGGAGCUGUCUAUGGUCCUGAACUCUACGCCGACUAA